UUGCACCUUAAUUUAAUUUUACAUCAAUGUCAUCCUUUUAUCAUGUGCCUAAUCAGCUAAUCUUGAUACUAUAUAGUAACUUAUUCACAGAAGAUCUAUACAUUCCAACCGAUAUGAUGACUAAUUUCUCGAGCCAAAUCGAGCAAUCACACCCUCCCCCCAAAUUAAUAAAUUCUUGCAUUACAAACACGGAAUCCUCUAUUCAAGGUCUCAUUAAGUUGUGUAGGCGUAGGAAGAAUUAUCAACAAAAAACUUUCAAGUCCUCAACAAAUAAUGAUCUAAGCAAUGACGUUGUACCAUGGAGACUUCAUCUAGUGAAUAUCCUAGAAUCCCCUCAAGCUCAUAUCGUCGUGAUUAUUCUACUAAUAUUUGAUCUCGCGAUAUCCUUUAUUGAGCUCUCUUCCUCUUUAACACCAACCAAAUGCAAAGAUGUGGAAGGAAGAAGACUACAAACAUGGUUUCAUUGGGUAGGAGUUAUAAUUCUAGGCCUCUUAUUUUUGAAAACAAUCCUUUUGUGUGUAGGGUUAGGCAGGGCAUUUUUCGAGAAUCUAGGCUAUGUUGUUGAUGGUGUGGUUGUAGUGGUGGCAUUGGUGUUAGAGCUGGCCUUAGCGAGGGUUGGUGGAGGAUUGUUGGUGGUGGUGAGCUUAUGGCGAGUGGUUCGAGCCGUGGAGAGUGUGUUCGAGUUAAGUGAUGAUGCCAUUCAAGCCAAGGUUGAGUAGGUGAUUAGUGAAUUUGUUGUGUUAAGAGAGGAAAAUAAGAGCCUUUUGGACACAAUUGCUAAAGAAGAAAAGAUCAUACUACAGCUUCAAGAACAGCUUGGUGGCCUUUAUACGCAAAUGUUAACAACUUCAAUUUUCUAAUCUACAGUAUUGUGAAUGACUUGCUUAUCUUUGUACAAUGGUAAAUACUUUUAUACAUUGUUAUAAUGGAUGCGAAAAAGACUAAACAAAAUCAACAAAUGAAAACGAGGGAGCCCCAGUUCCUCAUCACGAGGAACACUUUUGUUCCUUAUAAUGACAUUUUGGAAACUAACGUGAUGUUUUUCACUAGUGGGGACCGCCUGUCAAUUUUGGGUGGACCUCUUUGCUCUUGACCCAUACCCCAUGAGGAACAAAACCCUCACAGUGAAGAACAGGGAAUUACUCAAUAAAAACACAGAUGUUUAACAUUGAUCACUUA